AACGAGAUGACGUCACCUUUGCGCGUCCCCGCGAACAGGGCUUCAAUCUACGUCAAGCCUUCAACCUACGGCACAAGACCGGGACUCCAGCAGCUCAGCUCCGUAGUAUUCCCUUUGACCCUCCGUUUCUGAUUCAUUCAUCCCGCGGAGAGCUGCAGCUCGGAACUGUCAGACAUCCAUACCUCUGCCCCCCAGCUGGAGACCUUCUACCCCCCUCCAUACAGUGGUGUGCUGUACCUCGACAGGUCAGACGCAUCGGUUUUAAUCAGCGGACUUGACAACUUUUUCUAUCUUCUCUUCUGCAUCCUUCUCUUCCUGAGCAGCGUCUCACCGGGAGGCUGCUCUGCUCAGCGGGCUGAGACCCUGUGAGAUGGAUGGCUGACCUUGGAGCUCUCUGAUUGGUUCGCUGAACUCUCUCCAGCUGCUGUCAUGGCCAAAAGUCCGGAGGUGAAGCUGGCCGUCUUUGGCAGAGCCGGAGUGGGCAAGUCAGCUUUGGUGGUGAGAUUUCUGACCAGACGCUUCAUCUGGGAGUACGACCCGACCCUCGAAUCAACAUAUCGUCACCAAGCCAACAUUGACGAUGAGGUUGUUGCCAUGGAGAUCCUGGACACUGCCGGGCAGGAGGACAUCCAGCAGAAGGAGAGUCACAUGCGUUGGGGUGACGGAUUUGUCAUUGUAUAUGACAUCACAGACCGCGGGAGCUUUGAGGAGGUGGCUCCGCUGCGAAGUCUCCUAGAGGAGGUGAAGAGGCCCAAAAACGUGCCUCUGGUCCUGGUGGGCAACAAGUCGGACCUGGACCACGCCCGGCAGGUGGGCACCGAGGAGGGCGAGCGCCUGGCUGCUGAAAUGGCGUGCGCCUUCUACGAAUGUUCAGCGUGUGCCAACGAGGGGGGCACCGUGGCCGAGGCCUUUCAUGAGCUGUGUCGCGAAGUGAGGCGCCGCAAGGCCGUGCAGGGCAAGGCCCGGCGCCGCAGCUCCACCACACACGUCAAACAGGCCAUCAACAAGAUGCUGACCAAGAUCAGCAGCUAAAGGAGAGUGGUUGCAUGAGAAAUGUACAUUUAUCUCCUGUAAACGUUUCUAGAAAUGCUUGGCUCUGGAAUGUGUUCUGUUUCUCUGAUCGUUUUUCAAUUAAAAUGUUCCAAGUGCAAUAUCUCUCCCCACUAGAAGAUGUAAAGCACUCACUCUGAUCAGAAGUAUCAUGGAGUUUCAUAAGGAACCAUAAAUAUCAUGAGGUUCUUCAUUUUUCUGAAAGUGAUGCAUGAAAGGCGUAUUUUCUGGCAUGCCAAGGACCCAAGGAUUUAUUGAUGUUGAAAGAGAAGAUUGUUGGUUUGCUCUCUGUAUCUUGUCUGUAGGGGGUAUUGUGAUGUGCGCAGCCCCUGUGUGUAACCGUUCUGUAAGCAGUGAUCAAGGCCAAAUUAAAUCGAAGAAUUACUUCAAUAUAAAAGUAGACAACCCUUGACAAUCCCAGGGUUGUCAAUGUCCUUCAAAACAGAGCGUGUAACAAAGUCCCAUCCUUCCUGCUGACAUGAUGUUCUGCCGUGUGCUCUGUUGUCCUCUACUAAUGGACCCAAUAGUUUUUCCUGAAGGAACCAAAGCACAGGUCCACCACACGUCAGGGUUUUCUAAGUGAAGCUGUCCUGUCAAUCCAGCAUUCCAGGGAUUCUCUGUAAAUGUAAAAGUGUAGACUACAGUAUGUAUAAAUGAUAUAUUGCCUUAAGCAAUGCUGUGUCCUACAGAACCCAAAGGCAUCUACAGUAAGCUACUGUAACUGUUGAGAUGUAAUGUUUUCUUCUUCAUGUGAGUGACCUGUAUGAUCAAACAACCAGUUGUGCACUUGUAAUUAAAAACUGAGGUAUAACUACCA